AUAUUAUAUUCAUAUGGUAUCAUCUUUUGACGAUAUGUUGUACUCCUUAAUUUCAGUUCGAUUAAGAUUUAUCAUCUUUCAGUAUCAUAAUAAUUUCGUACAUAAGCAACGUUAGCAAAGAACCUCAUCACAUGUAUUUCAAACUCUCAUUGGGCAUCUUAGCUUUGCUAGGGUCAAGUCAACGCAUAGUUGUUUACACGAUUGAUAUUUCGACGGGUUGCUUUAUAUACACGCACCAUCAGCAACGCAACCAUUCAUCCCAAAAACUCAUCCCUCUUUUGGUUGCUCUGUUCUCAGGAUCAGUGAAGCCUUCUUCUCCAGUGCUACAUAUGUUGUCAGACAACUGCCUUGUUCUGGUGAAGUAGAACUUGUGCUGGUUCAUAAAUUUUAGCAGCUGCCUGAGAUCCAUAGCGACUUAAAUCAUCAGAAAUGGCCACCAACGCUGGCGGAGGUAAACCGAGUCUUCUAAGUACAUUGCCGCAGGAACUACCAUUGGAAUUUUUGAAGGAAAUUACCAAUGGGUUCUCUGAUGAGCAAAAAAUUAGUGAAGGUGCAUUUGGAACAGUUUACAAGGGAAUUCUGAAAAACGGACAAGUUAUUGCUGUGAAGAAGCUUGCAGGAAAUACUGUAGUGCCUGCUGGCAAACAAUUUCUCAAGGCGGCUACAAAUCUUAUGGUGAUACAACAUGAAAAUAUACAAAGGUUGCUUAGCUGCUGCAGUGAAGCAAAAAAGAACGUGGUGGAACACAAAGGAAAAUAUAUUCUUGUAGACACAGAUGAAUGUGUACUCUGCUACGAAUAUGCGCCUAAGGGAAGCCUUCGUGACUAUCUUUCUGAUGAUGCAAACAGAAUUGAUUGGGACACAAGCUUCAAAAUAAUUAAGGGCAUUUGCCGGGGUCUACAUUUCCUACAUAAGGAAAUGGGUGGUCCUAUUGUUCACUUGGAUCUUCAGCCUGCCAAUAUAUUGUUGGACGAUAAAAUGGAACCAAAAAUUGCAGAUUUUGGUCUCUCACGAUUCUUCGGUCAGGAGCAAACCCGAAUAAACACUAUAAAUGUUGUGGGGGCAAAAGGGUACAUGGCUCCAGAAUAUUUAUAUAGUGGUGAAAUCUCGCCCCAGUGUGACAUAUAUAGUUUAGGUGUACUAAUCAUGGAGAUCACCACGAGGGAAAAGAAUUGUGCCAACGACAAAGAUAUGGCUGGAAGGGACUUUAUUUCUCAUAUACGUGAAACUUGGACAGAUGAGCACAUAGCAUCCAAGUACUCGUCAUUAUUAGAUGCAGAUCGCCUUCAGCAAGUAAAAAUAUGCAUUGAGAUUGGGCUUGAAUGUGUGGAUGUCGCUCAGAAGAAGAGACCUUCUAUAGUUCAUGUUGUUGACAGGCUCUAUGGAAGACGUGCAGGCUAAAUGGUGGAGGAGGUCUGCCGUUUCUGGCAUGCAUAAAACUUGGUCUUUCGAGGAGACACCAUGCCAAGAUGAAAUAAAAUAUUCCCUACCGUUGAUGGAGGACCUGAACUUUCUUUCAGAAAUAAGAUCAUUUUGAUAUAACGUCGUUAUGAAAACUGUUGAAUUGUAUUCCUUUCCGUCAACAGGAGAAUCGGUGCUCAAAAUAUCUUUUCUUUGUAGUUGGACAUACAGUUGCAGUACUUGUCUCUCCUGUCAAUACUGAUCUCAGUUCAUAAUAAGAUUUGCGCUCCUGAGCUGCAUGAUAAGAAG